AUGUUGCGCGCUGACCCUCCCACGGGCAUCGACAUCCCCACUCCUCAAUCACAUCCCCUUGACACGAAAGAGGACCACUACCGCGGAACCCCUUUCCCCACGUCCCCCUUCAGCUUUUCCACACCUUACGAGUCGUUGUUCGACUUCCCGGGCUCGCACGGCACUGCUGGGCAUGUCUCGUCUUCCCUCCCUUCGCAGAAGGACUACCCUCCAUCUAGCCUCCACUUCCCCGACUCCAUCCGCGGCCCUCUCGAUGACACCCACUCGCCCCCUGGUGGGAGUGUGGAAGGUCUGUCGCCUGCCGCCGCCGCAUCGGCAGCUUCAAUCGCGGAGUCGUACGCGCAGUUCAACAUGAACAACAUGAACUAUGAGGACUACCAGCUCAUGAACAUGAUGUACAAUAACGGCGGAUCCGACUACGGGCACGGCAUGGGCCCGAACUCUUUCACCGUUGACCCGACCCAGAUCCUGCCCAACGUCCCCCUCGACCCUGGUGAAGCCUUCCAUCCCAGCCCGUCGAGCGACGGGUGGGGCAACGGCGUCGGGUCGAGCUCGAACGCCUCCCCGGAGCCGUACAACGUCUCGAACGCGUCCACCCCGCCGUCGAUCGAGGGCGCCCCGGGCGGCUCGCGGCCCACCCAGACCCGCAAGAUCGCGUCGACGAAGCGCGUCACGCAGGACGCGGCCAACCGCGCCGCGGGCGGGAGCGGGGCGCAGAGGAAAGGGUCAGUGCUCUCCAAUCCUGUCAUCCGUCCGUACGAAGCGUCCUCGCCGCGGUCUCCCGUGCCUCCCUCGUCCUUCCCGUCGGGUCUCCAGCCGGUCGCCUCGCGGGACGCCAAUGGCUCUGGCCGCCGCCUCUCCCGCACCGAACUAGACUUCGAGACCGCCCUCCGCACCGGCGGCACCGUCAUCCUCAACGAGGCCUUCGACGUCGACGGGCUCGGCGCCGACCCCAGCAACUCCUCCAUCACGCUCUCCGCCCCGCCCUCCCCCCUCGCCCAGCGCGGCGCACGCGGGGGGCCCCGCCAGCCCGCCACGCCGACCGUCUCGCCGGACUACCAGACGCGCCGGCGGUCGAUGUACCGCUCGCCGGGGACGGCGAGCAGCCCCGACCUCGCGACGCUCCUCCGGAAGGCGAAGGAGCGGGGCGGCGGGGCCCCCGUCGCGCUGUCGCCGGCGUCGUCCGUGCACGCCACGCCUGGGCAGAAGGGCAAGAUGCGCUCCUCGCAGAACCUGUCCGCCCCGCGCGACCCCGGCGGCGCCCAGAGCCCAGAGUGGGUCCUGGCGAGCCCGCGCCCGUUCGGGACGGUGAAGAGAAGCUCGAAGAACUCCGUGAGGGCGAAGACGUCCGCCUUCCUGGGCAAGAUGCUGGGCACGAGCUCUGCCAGGGAGCGAUCCCGCACGCUUACCUCGUCCCCGUCCACGACGUCGAUCGCCUCGUACUCCAACUCGCCCCUGUUCGACGCCUUUCCCCUCCUGUGCCCCCGUUGCCCAAGGACGCCGCUCGGAUGCAUGUACAGGGCUCUCUGGAUCCGGGGGACGUGUUUUCCGAGUCCUCCAGGGGCUCGAACGAGAAGCCGCUCCCUGCCAUCCUCCAGACGCCCCUCCACUGACUCGGGCGACUUCUCGGACGACCAGUCCGUUGUGCUCGUUGCGGCACCGUCCGGCUCAAGGUCACGGACUCCCUCACCUACACGCACUGUCAAGGAGCGGCCAGGCAGACACGUGAAGACACCCUCGAGAGGCAGCAAGCGGCGGAGCAUGAGCGUCAGCGACGUCGAGAUUAAGAAGAUCAUGGGCGCGGGCGCGGGCGCAUCCCCGAGUCCCCUGCGGAUGUCUGCGGAUGGCAAGAUGCACGAAGGCUCGCCCGGCUGGGGCUCCCGCCUCGAGGGAAUUAUGUCCCAGUUCCGAGGGAGCUGCAGCAGUUCGACUCGUCCCGUUCCACGAACGGUACGGCCGCACCCGAAGUCGGCCGCGUCGCUCCCGGUAGACCUGGGCACCCCCGCCGUCACGUUGCAAACGACGACCGGCGGCGAGGAGAACCUCGUCAACGCCGGUCCUUCCUCUCCCUCCGCCGCACCGCGGCUGGGCAACCUCCGGUACGGCCCUCGCUCCCCUCCACCCGUGCGGGGCUCGGCCAUCGCCGCGACCACGCGCGAGGGCAACCGGCUGCGGGUCCAGCACCGUUCCACUGCGUCUGCAUCGGAACCGUCGCUGGUGCCCGAGCGCGACGAGCCGCGCACGCGUGAGCAGCUCCGCACCGUGCGCUCGAGCCUUAUCGACCCCAAGGUAGCCGGGCUCUCCGCGUCGUCGCAGUUGGACCUCUCGACGGCGGACCUGGUCCCGAACCGAUACCCACUUCGGCACUCGUCGUCGCCCGCGCGGACGGACGAGGGCGGAGACCUCGAAACGCGGGCGAAGGAUCUCGCGACGCGGUGUUGGGUGGAGGACGAGGAGUUCCUGCCGAAGGACAAGAUCGCGGAGUGGUUGGGCGGACAGAGCAUCAUCAACAAGACUGCACUCCGUCACUAUAUGGACAACUUCGACUUCUCUGGGCUGCGUCUCGAUCAGGCGUUCAGGCAUCUGUGCGCGAAGCUGUACCUCAAGGCGGAGACUCAGCAGGUCGAUCGUAUUCUCGAAGUCUUCGCGAAGCGGUACUGGGACUGCAACCCCACGACGCUGUUUGGCAACUCCAGCGUCGUCCAUGCGGUCUCAUACUCGAUAUUGCUGCUCAACACUGAUCUCCACGUCGCCGAAAUGUCAAAUCGGAUGUCGAGGAACCAGUUCGUCCGGAACACGAUGACCACGGUCCAGAUACAAUUGCAGCCAAGCGGGAUGGCCUCCAGCACAGACCUCACCCACGACGACUGGAGCAGCAUCCGCGGCGGCUCGGAACAUGGAGACGUCCCUGGUGCCACCGUGCGGGCCCGCGCAAAGAGGAGCGACAGCAUCACGAGCUGGAGCAGCGUUACUCGAGACGCCAUGAUCCCGUCCUCGGGGACGCUGGUGAACUCUUCGGGGCAGCUGACCCUUGCCUCCGACCCCAUCGGCUCGUCCUCUGCCAACCAGAGCUCGGUCUCGGUCGGUGGCUCAAGCAACCCCGAUGGGAAGCAGAGCCAAGAUGCCGGCUCGCUCCCGCCUCCUUCAGCCUAUCCCGCAAACGGCGUUGCGGCGGCCGGGUUCGUAUAUGACAGGAACUGGGAAGCAGAUAUGGAGAACAUGCUCAAGGACAUGUACAACGCCGUGAAGGCGCAGCAGAUCCUGCUCCCCAUCGCGAACGCGCUCAUGGCCCGGUCGUCGACGUCGUCGCUCAGCCCCCACGGGACUAUGCUCCGGAACCGCAGCGUGCGCGUGCAGCCGGACCGGUUGAUGACGCUUAAGCGCGGCAGCAUCCGUGGGCUGCAGUCCCUCAUGGGCACACAGAACCACAGCCCGUACAGCAGCGGCAGCAGCAUCGAUGGACGCGCCAGUCCCGCUCCAUCCUUUGCUACCUCGAACGAUGGCUUGGGAGCAUCCACUUUGUCCUUCAUGACCCCUGCCAUGGGCUUCGCGUCGAACCUGUCGCACACGAUCAUCCGCGAGCAACGCGAGGACGACGAGCACAGUCUGCGCAGCGAUGACACCUCGACGACGGACAUCAGCAUCAGCGACGAGGAGCUUGCUUUGCUCGGUCCUCCGUGGGCGAAGGAGGGCAUGCUAUGCCGCAAGCAGUACUGGGACUCGGCCGGGAAGCGGGCCAAGUCGAAAACGUGGAUGGACGCCUUCGUCGUCAUCCAGAAAGGAGAGCUCAGCAUGUUCACCUUCGGCGACAACGGCCUAGGAGGCGCGGGUGUAGUUGGUGGUGGUAACUGGCUGGAAAACGCUACGCCCGUGGGCGUGAUCGUUCUGGCACAUUCUCUCGCGCACGCGCUACCGCCUCCUGGCUACAACCGACAACGCCCCCACUGCAUGGUCCUCACGCUGUCGAACGGAGGCGUAUACUUCUUCCAGGCCGGCACGGAGGAGCUCGUGAACGAGUGGGUGUCCACCUGCAACUACUGGGCGGCGCGACAGAGCAAAGAGCCACUCGUCGGCGGCGUGUCCAACAUGGAGUAUGGCUGGAACCGCGUGGUAGAGCCGGUCGCCCGCGUCCGGUCCGUGUCUGAGGACGACUACUCGUCCUUCCGGGACACGGACAACCAGAGCGUCCGUAGCGGGCGCAGCCGGUUCAAGGACAUGGCGGCCACGGUCCGCGCGGAGAAGUCGCCGUGGGCGGACCGGACGUUCAUCAACGACUGGAAGCCGCCCUUGCCGCCGUCCGUGCCGAGCCAGCACGACGAAGAGACGCAGCUGGAGGCGUUGCAAAAGCAUGUGGCGCACAUGAAGGAGGACCUGCAGCAGCACAACGAGCUGCGGCAGCCGAUGAUGAACUUGUACCAGCCACGGUCCGCGAACGCGCAGAAGGCGACAACGAACUGGGAGAAGAAGUCGCAGUACCUGCUCACGGAGAUCGUCAAGUAUGACUCGUACAUCGACUCGCUCCAGGCGGCGAUGGCGCUCCGGCUGAAGAAGCGGGGCGAGAAGGCACUGGAGAAGGCGCUGCGCCCCGACGACGCGUCGAUCCCGAAGGCGAAGUGGAAGGGCCAGCCCGAAGAGGACACGAUCGAGGAAGGCGAGGAGCCGCCGCCGAGCGCGGGCUUCAAAUUAUCCCCGGUGUCGAUGUCGCAUCGGCGGGAGGUCGCGUCUGGGGGGGACGGCGACGGGACGGACGAGUCGUGA